GCAGCUGCACGCAGGCUCCAUUUUGUUUACCUCCCAACUGACAUUUUAUUCUUUGCUAACCUCAUAUUAUUGACUCAAAGGUAUGUGCAGAGAGCCGUUUUUACAAAUAGUUAUUUUUUUUUAAGUGCUGAACGUCGCUGUCUGGUGCACCAUGAGUGGAUGUCGUAUUUUCAUCGGUCGGUUGAGUCCCUCCGCCCGGGAGAAGGAUGUGGAGAGAUUCUUCAAGGGAUACGGAAGGAUUCGAGAUAUUGACCUGAAGAGAGGCUUUGGAUUUGUCGAGUUUGAUGAUCCCAGAGACGCUGAGGAUGCAGUGUAUGAACUUGAUGGCAAAGAGCUCUGCAAUGAGAGGGUAACGAUUGAGCACGCUCGGGUUCGCCUGAAAGGCGGACGUGGGCGAGGAGGCGGUGGUGGAGGUGGCGGCGGUGGGGCACGUUUCUCUGAUCGUUAUGGACGAGGUCCUCAGAACAGUCGGAGUCGCAAUCCUCCUCCGAUGCGAACUGAGAACCGCUUGAGAGUGGAGAACUUGUCCUCCAGAGUCAGCUGGCAGGACUUGAAAGAUUUCAUGAGACAAGCAGGAGAGGUGACAUUUGCAGAUGCACACCGUCCCAAACUUAACGAAGGGGUGGUUGAGUUUGCCUCCCACAGUGAUUUGAAAAACGCUCUUGACAAACUGUCAGGAAAGGAAAUAAACGGCAGAAAAAUCAAACUCGUUGAAGCAGCCAAGAAGAGGUCCAGAAGUCACUCCCGCUCUCGCAGUUCUUCUCGCUCCCGCUCUCGCUCUCGCUCCCGCUCCCGUUCCCGUUCCCGCUCCCGCUCUCGCUCCCACUCGCGCUCGGCCUCCCGCAGUCCCCGACGCUCCCGCAGCCCAGCCAAGUCGAACAACCGCUCCCGUAGCCUCUCCCCCACCGGCAGCUCCUCCUCACCUACCCCCAAAUCCAAGGAGGAGGCCAAGCGGUCAUCCAAGACCCCGCCGUCUCCUCCGCAGCGGUGCUCGGUGUCGCGCUCUCGCUCUCGCUCCACUGACAGCCAGCGUUAGAUCUGCCUGCGGGACCUCGACUGUGUCAAGCAGCUUCACUCACUUUUUUACCUCCAAUGUUUUUUAACCUCUGUCGAAAAACUGGAGAAACACCGGAAGGUUUUCACCCCCGUAUGAGAAAAAAUGUUGUUACGUAUGUGCACCCUAUUUUCGAUGUUGCUGGAACAUUUUUUGGGGGUCAUCCCUCCAUCUCGACAUGUCACUUUUUUUUUUUUUUUUUUUUUUUUUUUUUUUUUUUUAAAUGGGCUCAAUGCGUUACUGUAAAUACUACUACUGCAGAUAAGUAUCGGACAUGCAGUUAAUUUUACUAAGAUCAGACUCUAGGGUACAUAUGUGUUAUAUUUUUUAUGUACAGCAUGGAUUUUAGUUUUAAGUGUUGGAACUUAGCUAAUUUUACAGUGACGCUCACGUAGACAAGUUUUGUUUUUUUUGGUCGGAGCUUGGGAGGUAGGUUUGUAUAUAUACGUUUUUUUUUAUUUUGAGAUUGCGUGUGACCAGUGAAAAUGCACAAUAAAAACAUUGUUUUACUGCAA